AAACCCACACACAUCAAGAUGGCUGAAUUAAACCAACAAGUUUUGAACUCCUUAGACGAUAGCUCCAGACAGGAGUUGAUGAAAUUUGUCGAAGCCGAAAACUCCAAGUCCAAGGUCCAGAUGUCCAUUCAUCAGUUCACCAACUUGUGCUUCAAGACCUGUGUCACUAAUAAGGGCCCAAUUUUCUCCGGUGAUUUGUCUGUUCAGGAAGAAAACUGCUUGGCUAAUUGUGUCAACAGAUUCUUGGACACCAACAUCAGGGUUGUCCAGCAAUUGCAAAAUCAACAAUAGGUAGGCUAGCAAGCACUCUUGAUGUCUGACGGUACGAACAUGGCCAGUGUAUUCGAUUUUUGAAACGAGUUUACGAUUUAUCUUGCGUGGCGGUUUUACUUGUAUUGAACCAUUUGAGUUGAUAGGGUAUCGUCCUAUAAUACUGUAUAUAGAACAUAAUGAAUGAAUGAAUUUCAAUCAGAUGUCGGCAAGAUCAUUAUAUUUAUACCCGGCUAAUUUCCAUAUUUUUACCCAAUCUCUAUAUGUUUACCAGAUUCGCAAAUAUUUACCCAA